AUGUCGGCAGUCGCCCCAUCUCUUCAAAUGCUAGAAGGGGUGGAAAUGGGCGGAGGCUCUUCGAACAGUGGAGGCAGCGGAUCUAACGUUGGAGGGGUUUUGGGACCUCCUUCGGUGAGUUUGAGUGACUCUUGGGUUGUGUUGACACCAAAGUUGACCCCUCGUAAACUUCACAAUCAAAUCCCACCAAUUAGGGAAUUCUCCAUACCUCCAACAUGUCCAAAAUCCCACAAAACGGGGUAG